AUGGGUUCUUUGAUCGACCUAAAUCUUUAUCCCGAUUCUCCUGUCAGAGACACACCCGACGUCACCGCCGGUAACCUCCGGGAAGCCACCACUUUCUUAACCCUAAACAUCCCUAAACUCGAACCUAAAGAAGAACCUCUCGACGAACCACCCCCGCCCCACCACCAUUCUGCAAACCCUAACAUUAAUUUCACACAUCCCGACACAUCACAACCUGUCCAGCAACCCGCCGGUGUUGCAAACGAUGUUUAUUCCGAAUUCAGCAGGAUUCAGGAGAUGUUCCGGACUGCCUUUUCUAAUAACACGGAGAAACCCGAUGCAGCUGGGUUCAUCGAUCCAGACGCACAAGCAAUUGUCCCGGUUCCCGAAGAGAACCAGCAUUCCGCCGUCGGAGAUUCAUCUCGUCGGAAGUCUCAACAGCGGUCAGGUGAAUUAGUCAGGGUUACAAACCUGGGAGUCGAAGACGAAAGGUAUUUCCGAGACGUGGUGAGAAAAACACGGAUGCUUUACGACUCUCUUAGGGUUUUCGUUACGAUGGAGGACGAAAAGCGUCGGAGUCAUCAAGUAUUCGGUCGUAUUCCCCGUGCAAGAGGCGAUUUGAAAGCUUCCUCGGUGAUGAAAGACCGUGGCCUAUGGUUGAAUCGUGAUAAAAGGAUCGUCGGAGCAAUUCCAGGUGUUUACAUCGGUGAUAUCUUCUUCUUCCGAAUGGAGCUCUGUGUUGUCGGAAUGCAUGGUCUACCUCAAGCAGGGAUUGAUUACCUAACCUCAAGUCAAAGCUCUAAUGGAGAUCCAAUCGCCACCAGUAUAAUCGUUUCAGGUGGGUAUGAAGACGACCAAGAUGCUGGGGAUGUUAUCAUCUACACAGGACACGGUGGGCAAGAUAAAUACUCCAGACAAGCCGAUCAUCAAAGAUUAGAAGGUGGAAAUCUCGCCAUGGAAAGAAGUAUGCAUUAUGGUAUCGAGGUACGCGUUGUUCGUGGGUUUCGAUACGAAGGAAGCCCAAGUGGGAAAGUGUAUGUCUAUGAUGGGUUAUACAAAGUCAUCGAUUCAUGGCUCGAAAUUGGAAAAUCCGGUUUUGGUGUAAUCAAAUUCAAGCUUAUAAGAAUGGAAAAUCAACCCGAAAUGGGGAGCGCGAUUCUCAAAUACGCCCAAGAUCUUAGAAACGGACAGAUUAAGCCUGUGGGAUAUGUCCACACAGACAUGUCAAUGAAGAAAGAGAAACUCCCAGUGUUACUCUUCAACGACAUUGACAACAACCACGACCCAAUGUUCUAUGAGUAUCUAUCCACAUCUGUUUUCCCUCCUUUUGUUUAUCAUCUUGGAGGGAAAGGCCAUGGGUGUAACUGUGUUUCUGGCUGCUUGGAUGAUUGUGUUUGUGCUGCGAAAAACGGUGGCGAGUUUGCUUACGAUCAGAACGGUUUACUCGUUAGAGGAAAACCGUUGAUUUUCGAAUGUGGGCCCCACUGUGGUUGUAGUGCCACGUGUCGGAAUCGCGUAAGCCAGAACGGGAUUAAAAACAGAUUUGAAGUGUUUAGGUCAAGGGAAACAGGGUGGGGAGUUAGAUCAUUGGAUUUGAUACAAGCGGGAUCUUUUAUCUGUGAAUACACGGGUGUAAUUCUCACAAGAGAACAAGCACAACUUUUUACAAUGAAUGGUGACAAUUUAGUUUAUCCGAAUAGGUUUGGGGAGAGAUGGGCAGAAUGGGGAGAUUUGGGACAAAUAUUUUCUGAUUAUACGCGUCCAUCGUAUCCAUCUGUGCCUCCACUUGAUUUUGCUAUGGAUGUUUCUAGAAUGAGGAAUGUUGCGUGUUACAUGAGCCAUAGUUCGUGUCCGAAUGUGUUGGUUCAAUUGGUGUUGUAUGAUCAUUCGAAUUUUGCUUUCCCUCAUCUUAUGUUGUUUGCUAUGGAGAAUAUUCCUCCUAUGAGGGAACUUAGUCUUGAUUAUGGAGAAGCUGAUGAAUGGACUGGGAAACUGGCCAUUUGUAACUAA